AUGGCUGCCGGAGGAGCGGGAUGCGGCGACACGGUGGAGGAGUGCCGGGUCGAAGUGGAGCGCCUGACCCGGGAGCUGGCGGAGGCCAACCGCGAGAAGGUCCGGGCGGCGGAGUGCGGGCUGGUGGUGCUGGAGGAGAACCAGAGGCUGAAGCAGCAGUACGCCGACCUGGAGGCCGAGCAGGAGGCGCUGAGGCUGGAGCUGGAGCAGCUGCAGGAGGCCUUCGGCCAUGCCUACUCCACCCAGCGUAAGGUGGCCGAGGAUGGGGAGAACAACGAGGAGACGCUGCUGCAGGAGUCUGCCACCAAGGAGGCCUACUAUGUGGGCCGCAUCCUGGAGCUGCAGUCCGAGCUGAAACGCAGCCGGGCCGUUGCCUCCAACGCUCAGGCGGACAACGAGCAUCUGAGCACCCUGCUGCAGGAGCUCAGGGAGAGUAAUGAAAUGUUGGAGCUGCAGCGCAGCCGCAUGAGGGAGGAGAUCAGGGAGUACAAGCUUCGAGAUGCACGGCUGCUCCAGGACUACACUGAGCUGGAGGAGGAGAACAUCUCUCUGCAGAAGCUGGUGUCAACCCUCAAACAGAACCAGGUGGAGUAUGAAGGCCUGAAGCACGAGAUCAAGGUCUUGGAGGAGGAGACCGACCUCCUCAACAGCCAGCUGCAGGACGCGCUGCGUUUGAAGGACAUCUCUGAUACGCAGCUGGAGGAGUCUCUGGAGUCCCUGAAGAGUGAGCGUGAGCAGAAGAACCACCUGCGCAGGGAGCUGGUGCACCACCUCAGCAUGUGUGACGUGGCCUUCACCGGCAGUGCCCACCUGACGUUCAUCUCGGCCCCGCCCAGUGGCACCGCCACCCCGACAACUCUGCUGUCUCCAAACGCAGAGGAGCCAACAAGAUGUAACGGCCACCUUCAGGGCGGGACCGCAGCAGGGACCGGGGCCAGACCGGGUCGCAAAGCUGAGGGAGUGACGACGUCGGACCUCUACAGUGAGAUGAACCUGACAGAGAUCCAGAAGCUCAAGCAGCACAUAAUGGCCGUUGAACGUGAGAAGGUAGCACUGAUGACGAGUCUGGAGGAGUCCCAGACUCAGCUCCAACACACCCAGGGGGCCCUGACGGAGCAGUAUGAAAAGACCCUCCGUCUUAGCCAGAAGGUCACCGCCCUCCGCCGUCUGCAUCGCAGGGCCCAGCUCAACCAGGAAGCCCAGAGCAGUGUGACCUCUCAGCUGAACCCUGAGAACCUCAGCAGAGAUGACGAAGAGGCUGAAGACGAAGGGGACACAGAGGACUAUAAGAGUGAAACACUGAACAAAAGUCAGUUAUUUUCAUACCAAACGCCGGGUCUGGAGAUCCUGCAGUGCAAGUAUCGUGUUGCUGUGACUGAGGUUGUGGAGCUAAAGGCGGAGAUGAAGGGCUUUAGAGAGAGACUGGCUCAGUGUGGGGAGGGAGGAGGGGAGAGGCCGAACCGACACAGCCAGCACCAGAAGCUGGAGCGGCAGGUCGCUUCGUUGGAGAAGAGCUGCCGGGAGGGACGCGAGAAGAUUUCUAGUCUGGAGUCGGAGUUGCAGGCAGCUCAGUCAGGAGCCAGUGAGAGCCGGGGGGCACUGAACGCAGCUCAGGAUGAGCUGGUGACGCUGAGUGAGGAACUUGCACAGCUCUACCAUCACGUCUGUCUGUGCAACAACGAGACGCCCAACCGUGUCAUGCUGGACUACUACAGACAAGGCAGAGGACUGAGGGGCGUCGCUGCCAGUCUCAAAGCCAUGUCCUUGGACAACAGCAAGGUUCUCCUCACACCGCGCCUAGCAAGGCGGCUGGCCGCUGUUGCCGCUGCAACCUCGAAUCCCGGGGAGUCGAGGAGUCCCUCGGAGUCUCCAUCCAAAGAGCCCCUGUGUAGAGAGGGUGGAGGGGAGGAAAAGGAGGGACUCCAAGUCCCAUCUGAUCAGAAACCGCGAGCCUGCACACCUCCUACCCGCUCACCCAGUAUCAGUGCCUCUUCAUCGUCAUCGUCAUCAUCAUCGCCUGCCAUGGAGCCGGCCAGUGAGCUGCGUAAGGAGCCAAUGAACAUCUACAACCUCAACGCCAUCAUCAGAGACCAGGUGAAGCACCUCCAGCGGGCUGUUGACCAGUCUCUGCAGCUGUCCAGACAAAGAGCUGCUGCCAGGGAACUGGCCCCUCUGAUGGACAAGGACAAGGAGAGCUGCAUGGAGGAGAUCUUAAAGCUCAAGUCUUUGCUGAGCACCAAGAGAGAGCAGAUAGCCACCCUCAGACUGGUGCUGAAGGCUAACAAGCAGACUGCAGAAGGGGCUCUUGCCAACCUUAAGGGUAAGUAUGAGGCCGAGAAGUCCAUGGUGACCUCCACCAUGAUGAAGCUGAGGAACGAGUUGAAGGCGCUGAAGGAGGAUGCUGCUACUUUCUCCUCUCUGCGAGCCCUGUUCGCAACCAGGUGUGACGAGUAUGUGAUCCAACUGGAUGAGAUGCAGAGACAGCUGGCUGCCGCUGAGGAUGAGAAGAAGACUCUGAACUCCCUCCUCCGGAUGGCCAUCCAGCAGAAACUGGCCCUCACCCAGCGCCUGGAGGAUUUAGCUUUCGAUCAAGAGCAGACCCACCGCACCCGUGGGGGAAGGCUGACCCGUGGGAGGACCAGCACCCCCAAAGUAAGUCCCCCAUCCUCGACUUCGGCCUCCAACCUAGCCCAAGGCUAUACUUCAUCUUUUGGCCCUGGCAGCCUCCUCGCUUUUGGCCUUAAUAGUUCUUCGUCAAUUGUUCCUGAUGAUUCCACUUUGUCUUUUUGUCAGUCCAUGAUCAGUGCAGCUCUGGCUUCACCUCUUACAUCCCCUACCUCACACAUACCUCCUCGCAGUCCAUCAUCAGCAAUGAUCACCUCACUGGCUGGUUUUGUUGCGUCAGAGACCCCCCCAUCCCUUGAGGCCCCCUCUUCUACCUCGACACGGACCCCACCCUCAACCCCUCUGAGGCUGGCUUCCUCCCAGUGGACCCUGGGGGUGCGAACAGUUGUGGUCGACUCCCAAAGUUUCAAUGUCAACAUCUCCCCUACCCUGCCCCGUGGCUUAGGCUCUACAGUCCCCAGACACUACACCUCAGACACAUACACCUCUCCCCCAUCUACCACCACCACCAGGCCCACCCAGUUAGGAUCUGCCCCCUCUUCUCCAUAUCGUUCCCCUCUUGUUGGGCUCAGGCGUACCACAUGGAGCCCCACUCCCCGAACUCGACCCCUCUCUAGCCUGACUCGCUCUUCUGCCCAGUACUCUCCUUCCUCGCCCUCCCCUUACUCCCCUUCUUCCUCCCACAGCUACACCCCUUCCUAUUACAGCUCCUCCUCUGCUUUCAUGCCCUCUAGCCCCUAUUUCACCUCUAGCACCUCCAACUCCCACAGCCACUCCAGCCACUACACACCCCUGUACCCCAGAUACAACAGUUCUUACCGGCCCCGGCAUUGA